UGGAUGAGGGAAGUAGGAAAAUCCAUAGAGUGGUGAGAGUGGAAAAAGAAACAAAGGCGGGACACAGGAAUACGUGGAGUCUACGCGAUGUGAGUCAGUAAAGGAGACUAAUUGCGUGGCGGUGUCUGGCGCCCCCACAGAAACCGGAGAGCAAUCAAACGGCUGUACAUUUGUUAUUGGGCCCCCGCCCCAGGGCAUUUACAACGACUCAAAAAGCGCUAUGCAUCCGCCCGCACACCUCUCGGGAAAGAAAUGCGGCUCGCCCGCCGCUGCAGCUCUUUUGUCGCGCCGCACGCCCGACGGUCGCUCCCACCGCCACGCCAGGAAAUAUAAUUAUUUUUUUUUAUUUUUCUCUUUCAACCGUAUAAAUUAAACGCAUCUUUUAUUUCAAUCCAUCCAAUCUCACUUCUCUCAAUUUAUCUAUUUGCUCAAUUUAUCUUUAUCUCUCUCAAAUAAAAAAUGGCUCUUACCUAUUUUAAGAAUUUCGUCUUCUUUUAUGUUUUUUGUUUAUUAACAUCAAUUAUAUUUUAAUGUGUUUCAUCUUUUAUAUGGAUGUUGUUUUAAUAAAGAAUGUCAAUCACAACAUUUUUAUAUUAAUUAUAUGUAUUUUGGGAUGAUUGUAAAUGCCCUUAAAUAUAAAAUAGGUGGAAUUUUCGGUGAGGUGUAAUUAAGCAUUUUAAAUGAAAGGAGAAAUAAAUAAUUACAACUUUUGCCAGAUAAGCAAUGUCCUCCAAAGUUCCAAACUCUGGUGCUAUAAAUAAGCCGCUGGAACGAAGCAUAGGUUUGCCAAACUAACAGCCCAAAGUGGCUUUUCACCAACCAAAAGCAAUUCUCUUCGAAUAUCUUAUUCUUCCUCCUCCUUCAGACAAUUGAAAAAAAAAAACAAUGGCGGCUACUUCCCGGCGAUCAACCAGACAAAUUCUCCGGUCAAUCUCGCCGGCCGACGGUUACUAUUCGUCGGCUCACAAAUCGUCUCCGUUUUCUUGCUCUUCUUCCGCUUUUGCCUCAUCGACUUCUCUUUUCGCGCCGAGUACUCCGAGUAUUUCGCGCCGGGCCAUGUCGCCUACUCGAGUGAGCGUGUAUACAGCUGGGACGAAUUCGAACCCGGCUUCUUCCGUACGGUUUUCGGUUGACCGGUCCGGUUCACCUGGCCGGUCCAUUGCGGUUUCGAACCGGGGAAGUGCGACAGAAGGCCGGAGGCGGACGUGUAUGUGCUCGCCGACGAAGCAUCCCGGCUCGUUCAGGUGCAGCUUGCACAAGAACGCGAGUCCCUCCGGCGCCGCCGGCCCAUCGGCGUGCAACUCGAACCGGCUCAACAUGCGGCGGUCUGCGAUGACCAACUCCCUGGUCCGGAUCGGAACCGUGGAAGGCGAUCUGGUGAAGCGGGCCUUGGGCGCCCUGAUCCGCCCUUCUUCCCACCAGCAGCGCCGCCGCCUCGGGUUUCAGCGGCGGCCAAGCCGGCUUUCCACCAUGUCGAAUGCCUAGAAACCGUCGUCUUAUCCGAUCGAUCGUUCAGUGAAAUCAAAUUUCUGCGGUGAUGAUGCCGGCGGUUGCAGUUCGGAGAGUAUCCGCCGGCGGAGGCAUGGUGGCGGUUUUUUUGUGUACUCUGGUGGCUGGAAACCCUAUGAUCCGUUGACUCUGUAAAUAUAAAAUUCUACCAGUGGUAAAUAAGAAUUACCGGUGGUAGGGAGUAUUAUCCUACGCAAAAAAAAAUGUUUUGCGGGUAAUCCAAAUUCUCCCUAAUUCGAGCAAUAAACUUCUGAAUUCUUAUCCAAUUGAAAUCUUGAAUUUCCUUUCAUGAGGAUAGAAAACAAAUUUUCAGGGAAAAAAAAAAGAAAAAGCAAAAGAGGACCUGCUUAAGAAAAUAAAGAUAAUGCAAUUAAAAUUUUCUACUCCCAUAGAAGAUUAGAUUAGAUUAGAAGGUGCUACUUUAUUCGAGUAAAUACAAAACUUAGUAUAGAUAAUGCAAUUGAGAGAUUGAGGACAUGCUUAAUACCCUCUCUUCUUUUAUAACUGUCUUAUUUAUUUUAUGCCUCAAACGUUAGAACAAUUAUAUAUAAAUAUAUAAAGUGAUAUACCCACAUAAAAUUAUACCAGAUUA